CAGAGGAAGAGAGCUGCUCAUCAGCGCCUCAACAAAACUCACCGUUUAACCGAAGAUGACACAAUCAACACUUCAUUUUAUACACACGCCCCUGUUCUGUUAAUGCUAGGACAACACGUCAGCUAGAAAAAAACGGUUUUAUUUGGACGAGUGAUAGUUUCCGUUACACCGUGUAAAGUCACCUGUUGAGUGGGCUUGCGGGCAGAAAAACAGGCUUGGACGCAAAAAUACGUUUACAGCAGUCGUUAUGAUUCCUGAAUGUCCAAGAGCGACCGAGUCCAGGAGCCGAAUUCGGUGUGAAUCCGGUCACAACCGCUCCGGUUUGCUCCGCGAGAUCCGAACCGCCAUCCGGAGUGAGCCGUUCACCGAGCUCUAUGACGUCAUCCCCGGUAAAGAGCUGGGCAGAGGCAAGUUCGCAGUGGUGAGGAAGUGUGUGGAGAAGAGCUCAGGCAAGGAGUUUGCAGCCAAGUACAUGAGGAAGAGGAGGAAGGGUCAGGACUGCCGGACGGAGAUCAUUCAUGAGAUCGCAGUGCUGGAGCUCGCAGCCGCGUGUCCACGAGUGGUCAAUCUGCACGAGGUCUACGAGAUGCCCAGCGAGAUGGUGCUCGUCCUGGAGUAUGCUGCAGGAGGAGAGAUCUUCAACCAGUGUGUGGCUGACCGAGACGAGGCCUUCACAGAGCAGGAUGUGAAGCGGCUGAUGAAGCAGAUUCUGGAGGGCGUCUCAUUUCUGCACAGUAACAACGUCGUCCACCUCGACCUCAAACCUCAGAAUAUCCUCUUGACCAGUGAGUCUCCUCUCGGGGAUAUUAAGAUAGUGGAUUUCGGGUUGUCCCGGCUGGUGAGCAGCGGUCAUGAGGUGCGAGAGAUCAUGGGGACGCCGGAGUAUGUUGCACCAGAAGUCCUGAAUUAUGAGCCCAUAAGCACAGCGACUGACAUGUGGAGCAUCGGUGUGUUGGUGUACGUGAUGCUGACGGGCAUCUCUCCAUUUCUGGGGGACGAUAAACAGGAGACGUUCCUGAACAUUUCUCAAAUCAACAUCAGCUACAGCGAGGAGGAGCUGGAGCAUCUGGACGGAUCGGCCGUUCGCUUCAUUAAAUCACUGCUAAUCAAAGAGCCUGAGAAUCGUGCAACCGCUGAAGACUGCCUGAAACACCAGUGGCUGCAGACUGAACAGCAGGACCUGAUUGAGAGCAGCGUUAGUCCCGGGACGUCCAGCCCUGAUGAAGAGGAGGAGGAGGAGCUGAUCGUGAUGGCGGCCUAUACUCUGGGGCAGUGCCGGCAGACCCCGGAGCAGAAGGACGUCUCCAAACGCUUCAAGUUUGAGGAGCUUUCCGGAGACUUCAUCUACUGAUCCGCUCAUUCUGCAACACUGUACGCUCCUCUUACCUGGAGAUUUUCACUCGUUUCUAGUCCAGAUAUCUAAAAACUCUAAAAUCAAGAAGAAUUUUCUGGACAAGCAUAAAAUAUUGUGUUGUUUUCAGAAAUAAUGAGUCUAAAUUGAGUGAGUUUUUCAUUAAAACAUGUUAAAUAAUCUGCCAGCGGGGUAAGGGAAGCAAUGUUAUAUCAAAAGUGGAAAGUAGAUUACUUUGUUAGCCCCUUUGGCAGAUAAUUUUGCAUGUUUUAAUGAAAAACUCACUCAAUUUUGACUCAUUAUUUCUGAAAACUUGAGAAUAUUUUAUGUGUGUCUAGAAAAUGCUGCUUAAUUUAAGAUUUUUUUGAUAUUUGACUUGAAAUGUAAGAAAAUAGCACAUUGUUUGUCUUGUUUCCAGUCCAAAUAUCUAAAAUCUCAUAAAUCAAGAAGCAUUUUCCAGACAAGUAUAAAAUAUGUUCUUGUUGUCAGAAAACAUUGAGUCAAAAUGAAGCGAGUUUUUUCAAUAAAACAUGCAAUAUAAUAUUCCAACAGUACUGUAAGUGAAAUAAUGUCAUUUCAAAGGUGAAGAGUUCAUUAUUUUGCUCAUUUUCAUGAAAAACUCACUUAAUUUUGAUGCAUUAUUUCUGAAAAACGUCUAGAAAAUGCUGCUUGAUUUAAGAAUUGUUGGAUAUUUGGACUAGAAAUGUAAGAAAAUAGCACAUUGCUUGUCUUGUUUCCAGUCCAAAUAUCUAAAAACUUAAAAAUCAAGAAGCAUUUUCCAGACAAGUGUAAAAUAUGUUCUUGUUUUCAGGAAUAAUGAGUCAAAAUGAAGUGAGUUUUUCAUUAAAACAUAUUAAAAUACAAUAUAAUAUUCCAACCGGGUACUGCAAGUGAAAUAAUGUCAUUUCCAAAGGUGAAGAGUUUAUUAUUUUGCUUGUUUUAAGAAAUAACUCACUUACUUUUGACUCAUUAUUUCUGAAAACAACAACAUUUAUUUUUUCUUGUCUAAAAAUGCUGCUUGAUUUAAGAUUUUUUUUAUAUUUGGACUAGAAAUGUAAGAAAAGAGUCCAGUUUUUGUCUUGUUUCCAGUCCAAAUAUCUAAAAAUUCUUAAAUCAAGAAGCAUUUUCCAGACAAAGCAAAAAAUAUUCUCAUGUUUUCAGGAAUAAUGAGUCAAAAUGAAGCGAGUUUUUCAUUAAAACAUGCAAUAUAAUAUUCCAACGGGAUACUGCAAGUGAAAUAAUGUCAUUUCAAAAGGUGAAGAGUUCAUUAUUUUACUUGUUUUAAGAAAUAACUCACUUAAUUUUGAUGCAUUAUUUCUGAAAACAACACCAUUUUUUGCUUGUCUAAAGAAAUGCUGCUUGAUUUAAGAAUUGUCAGAUAUUUGGACUAGAAAUGUAAGAAAAUAGCACAUUGCUUGUCUUGUUUCCAGUCCAAAUAUCCUAAAACUCAUGAAUCAAGAAGCAUUUUAGACAAGCAAAACUUAUUGUCUUGUUUUCAGAAAGAAAUGUUCAAAUUAAGUGAUUCUUUUCCUUCAAACAAGCUAAAUAAUCUGGAAAUGGUGCAAGUAAAAUCUCGUUUUCACUUUUGAAAUCUCAUUCAUUUGUCUUACUCCAUUUGUGGAUUAUUCUGCUUAUUUGAAGGAAAAACACACGUCAUUUUGACUUUUUCUGAAAACAAGACAGUAGAGUCUUUUAGAUCCAGUAUUUGGACUAGAAAGGUAAGAGAAGCAUUUAAUUUAGCAGUGUAUACGCCAAACCAUGCUUUAUGUGCAUUUCUCUGUUUUCUGUCCUGUUUGUGCUGCUUUAUUUGGUCACUCUAAGCCUUGCUGUGCUUCUCUCGCUCUCACCGUUCUGCUUUUUUGGGGGGGUUUUCUUUUGGUGCCAUUCUGAUAAGGGUCACACACUUGUUUUUUUCUUGUGAUAUUGUUUCUGUUUGGUUGCAUUUGCUCUGUUUGUACAAAACUGAUGUUGUUUUUUGUUUGUUUCUUGAUGUAAUCAGAAUUAAAGGGACAGUUCACCCAAAAACUUACUCCCACUCAACUGUUAUGCAUUUCUUUUUUUCAUCACACUGCAGAAAAUGCAAUCGUACGGUCUUAUUUCUUGUUGAAAUAUCUAAAGAUUUUAGAUUAAAAAGCAUUUUCUUAAAGAGAAACAUGGGGUUUUGUUUUUAGAAAUAAUGGGUUCACAUAUUUAGUGAGUUUUACAUCAAAACAAGCUCAUUUUCCUGCCUGUGGAGUAAGAAAUAUAUAAAUCUAUUUGAAACUAAACACAAGUUUAUUUUGCUUAUCCCACUGGCAGAUUCUGCUGCUCGUUACUUAUUUCUGAAAACAAGACACUAUGUUUUUCAAUUUAUUUAUUAAUGUUUAGAUAUUUUAACUAGAAACCUGACAAACCCUCUUAUAACAUGCUUUUUUUUACAGUGUGAAUGCAAAACAAUAUAUCCUGAACAACGCUGGAAUAAAAGCA